AUGGGUGACAUUGAAACUAAUGGCUCCACUAAACAGUAUCAACCUGUUAACAUUGAUCCUAAUGAAUGUUUGACAAUUGUAUAUACAAGUGGAAGCUCAGGAUUUCCUAAAGGUGCCAUGAUUUCUGAAAAUGCUUAUCGAGCUACAUAUGUACAAUGGUGUCGUCCAUCUGCUGUCGACCAGAUUAGUUUUUGUUAUGAACCAUUAGCAUGGGUGAGUGAUCGUGACACUGUUAUUAGAACAUUUUUUGUUGGAGGACGUACCGGAUUCUCUACAGGAGACGUUUCUCGUCUAAUGGAAGAUUUAGCUUUAGUUAGACCCGACAAUUUUUCCACAACACCAGCCAUAUGGAACAAAAUAUACGCUGAAUUUAAGGCAACUUUGUCAAUAGCAACAGCUCAUCUACCAUCGGAAGCUAUUGCAGCAGAAGAAGAACGACUUUUGCAACAAUUUUCAAAACUCAUUCCAAUAAGAUGUAAAACGAUCACUGUUGGUGGUGCUAUGAUUAGUCCAGUAGUACUUAGCUUUAUCAAACGAUGUUUUUCACGGUGUGAUAUUUAUGAAUCUUAUGGAAUAACAGAAUGUGGAAGCGUGGCAUCCAACAAUAUUAUUAAUAAUACAUUACAAUUUCAUCUUAUAUCGGUUCCAGAAAUGGGUUAUACAAUAGACGAUGAACCAUUUCCUCGAGGAGAACUCUUUAUAAAAACUGAGGAAAUGUUUUCGGGAUAUUUUAACAAUCCAGAAGAAACGCGAGUAGCUCUUACAGAAGAUGGAUUCUUUCGUACUGGUGACAUCGUUGAAUUACGUAUUCGCCCAGAUGGUGAUCUGUAUGUAAAUCUUAUUGAUCGUAAAAAGAAUUUCUUCAAACUCUCACAAGGACAAUAUGUAUCACCAGAAUUUCUUCAAAAUAUUUACAUACAAAGUCCUUUCGUCGAACAAAUCUAUAUUCAUGGUGAUCUCUUAGCAGAUUCUAUUGCUGCUGCCGUCGUACCAAAUCAAGAAUAUGCACAAGCAUUUAUACUUGAACAUGAUCUGAAAAAUUUCGAUAUGAAUAAUCCAGAUCCAAAAUUUUAUGAUGCCAUUCUACAAGAUCUUCGUUUGAUAGCUGAAAAAGAAUCACUUCGAAAACAUGAAAUACCAUCACGAUUAAUCAUUGAUUUUGAACCGUUUACACCAGAAAAUGGUUUACUUACAUCUACAAUGAAACCUUGUCGUCACAAAUUAGCUGCCUAUUAUGGUGAUCGACUAAAACAAUCUAAUACUAUUGAACAACGAUUAAAAACUAUUAUUGAAACAACAACAAAACAAUCGCUAUUGACUGAUGAAGACGAUAAUUUCUUUAUACCUACUGGUGGUGAUUCAUUGACAGCUAUACGUUUAUCUCGUAUGAUUGAAAAUGAUCUAGGAAUAUCUGUACCAAUAAACAUACUUUUACAACCUCAAAUGACUCUUCAACAAUUAGUAACUGUUAUUAAAGAUCCUUCGCAGAUGUUUUCACAUUCAAUCGUAGAACAAUUACUGAAAGAUUCUGAAUUACUUUUGAAUAUUACAAUAGGUAAAUGUAAAAAUACAGUUGUAUCUCCUUCAGUAGUUUUCAUUACUGGAACUACAGGAUUUGUCGGUGCAUUUUUGUUGGCUGAAUUAUUAUUGAUUUAUCCUUCUGAAUGUAAAUUUAUCUGUCUGGUACGAUGUAAAUCUUUGACUAAUCUUUUGGAUCGUAUUCGACAAAAUAUGCUCUUUUAUAAAAUAUGGAAAGAAGAUUUUCAAGAACGAAUUAUUCCAUUGCAAGGUGACUUAGAAAAAACUAAUUUUGGAUUAGAUGGUGAAACAUACGAGUCACUUGCUAAUCAAAUUGAUAUUAUUUUUCAUUGCGGUGCUGCUGUGAAUUUUAUACUGCCAUAUAGCAAGCUUUACGGUUCAAAUGUUUGUGGUACUCGAGAGAUCAUUCGUCUAGCAACUCAUAUGACUACAUGCAUACCUGUUCAUUAUAUUUCGACAUUGAGUGUUCUAUCAUCUGAUGUUAAUAAAGAAAUAUCAAUUGAUGAAACUUCUCCAACUGGUUUAGUUAGUGGUUAUGCUCAAAGUAAAUGGGUAGCAGAAAAGCUAAUGGCUAAAGCGAAUCGUUUAGGUUUACCAGUAGUCAUUUAUCGUCUUGGAUCGAUAUGUGCUAGUAUGGAAACAGGUGCAUGCAAUCGAAAUGAUCUUCAUACAUUUUUAUUUGCUGCAAUGAUGAAGUUAAAUUGUUAUCCUGAGACAAUAGCGCAUGCUCGUUUACAUGAGCUACCAGUGAAUUUUACAGCGAAAAGUAUCGUUUAUUUGAGUAAAAUUCAACCUGAUGUAUACGGAAAAAUCUUUCAUGUUCUACAUCCAAAUAGCGAAAUGCUAUUUGAAGAUAUCAUUGAUGGCUGUUGUCGUUGUGGUGUUCAAUUGCAAAGUGUUUCUCUUGAAGAAUGGCGAAUCAAAUUAAAGACCAUCAGUAAUGAAGAUAGUUCGUUUGAGCCUGUUGGUGAAUUCUUAAAUGAAAAUCUUUUCAAAGAAAGUUGUCAAAUAUCCGCAGAACAAUUUUGUCAUUCGAUUUCUGCAUUGGAUCUUCCAUUUUUAGACAAUUUGUAUUUGAUGAAAUGGAUGAAAUUCAUACUAGAUAAUAUUGUUUGCCAAUGA